UGGAGCGUCACCCGGAAAUAGUCAGAACAUGCUUCGUUUUAAUGCAAUUUGUGUCGCUAUAAACCGUUUAAUUACGGGAAUUUAAAUAGAUGAAUUUCCCUUUACAGAGAUUUAAAUGAAUUUGGUGGCUUCGUGCUCUUCUAAAAACCAAAAUGGGUAAAAAGAAGGGGAAAGACAGUCCUCGAGCAGACAGCAGCACUGAGACAGCAGGGGUUUCCUGCACUCACAUCCGUAAAGGAACAGAGCACAACUUACUGAAGAAAGCCGGUCUGAAUGAGCAAUGGAGCUUGUGUCAAGACUGUGAGCCGGACAAACCUGUUGAACAGCAGAUCUUAGAGAAUGAACCUGACAGAGAAAGUCCAGCUGUGUGGAUGUGCCUGAAAUGCGGCCACAGAGGCUGCGGGAGAUCGGAGAAUCAGCAUGCGAUCAAGCACUACGAGACGCCUCGAUCUGAGCCACACUGUUUAGUGCUCAGUCUGGACGUGUGGAGCGUCUGGUGUUACAUCUGUGAUGAUGACGUUCAGUUUUCCAGCACUGGGCAGCUGGCGCAGCUGAUCACAAACAUUAGAAAACAAGUGCUGUCGGAUCCCGGCAAGAGGAGUUCCAACAGAAAAAGUAAGACGGAAGAGAGUUCAGUGACGAAUCCUGCAGAGCAAACGCUGGAGAACGAGAACAAGGAGAAGCAGAAGAGCAGCUCAAAACAUGAUGACCGCGCCAAAAGACAGAAAGCAGCAGCCGCAGGAAACUCUAGUGUCGUGAGCGUCAGGGGUCUCAGUAAUCUGGGCAACACGUGUUUCUUCAAUGCAGUCAUGCAGAAUGUAUCGCAGACGCAGUUUUUGCGAGAACUGCUGAACCAGAUCACAGAUGAGAAGAGCUGCUUCACCGUCACACCUGCAGUGUCUUCUGAGCUGGAACCUCUUCAGAUCCAGCUGGAAAGGCCCGGGUCGCUCACACUGGCUAUGUGUCAGUUUCUGAAUGAAAUCCAGGCGACUAAGAAAGGUGUCGUGACCCCUAAAGAACUCUUCACACAAGUGUGUAAAAAAGCUCCACGCUUUAAAGGCUUUCAGCAGCAGGACAGUCAGGAGCUUCUGCGGUACCUUCUGGACGGCAUUAGAGCAGAAGAAGUGAAAAGAGUAAAUUCUGGAAUUCUGGAGGCUUUGAAAAACUCUGGCAAAAGCAUUGAGCAGAUGAAAAAGGUUAUUAAAGAGUACGAGAGAAACGGUGCACCCAAGAACUUUGUGGACCGAGUGUUUGGUGGAGAGAUGAGCAGCACAGUGAUGUGUAAAGAGUGCAGAACUGUGUCUCUGGUGACAGAGAUGUUUCUGGAUCUUUCUCUUCCUGUAGCUGAUGAGGCCUACAGGAAGAAGAAUCAGAAGAAAGUCACGCAGUAUCGGAGCAGCGUCAGUGAUGGAGACAGAGAGAAAACAGCAUCUCUGGCCAAUGGGAAUGAAGGCAUGCCUACAGGAACAGGAAGCAAGUACCAGCAGAAGAAAGCAAAGAAACAGGCCAAGAAACAAACCAAGACUCAGAGACGUCAGCAGAAACUGGGCAGUAAAGUCACUUUGGAUGCUCUGACCAAUCAGAGCACGGCUAGCAGCACUGAUCCACCGGAUGCCUCCAAUCAGAGUCUAUCAGUAAAUGGCAGCGCUGAUGAAGAAGCAGGCGAAAACAGCCAUGAGAAUUUGAGUCCUGAGAAACCUCCUGCUCUCUCACAAAAUGAGGAUGAAGAUGAUGAGGAAUCUGAGCAAGAACAUGCUGCUUCUGUCAGCAACCGCUUUAACGCUUUAUCUGAAGACCAGGCCUCUGAAGAUGUGUCUGUAGAGGGAGAAAAAGCACAAGAUGUGAAUGCAAUUGAGGAAGAUGAUGGUGCUGACCAGCUUUGUGCUGAAGAGGAUCGGUUAACAGAAGAACUGAAUACUCUGUCACUAAAAACAGAAAGUGAGAUGGAGAAUGGAGAUGAGGUCUCAGACGAUGUGAAGGAAUACACAGUAGUGAAUCAGGACCCUGAGCUGGCCUUUCAAUCACUGGCCAGCAGGACGGCGCCAGAGAAGCAGGAGUGUUCGGUGGAGUCCUGUCUGUAUCAGUUCACUGAGGUGGAACAUCUCACAGAGAACAACAGACUGAUGUGUGUCACCUGCACAAAACGCCAGUCUGGACAUAAAGCCGCAGACGGUAAGAAAGCUGUUUACAGAGAUGCUCUGAAGCAGAUGUUGAUCUCUGAUCCUCCAGCAGUGCUCACGCUCCACCUGAAGAGAUUCCAGCAGGUUGGGUACAGUGUUUGUAAGGUGAACAGACAUGUGCAGUUCCCUCAGAUCCUGGAUCUCGCUCCAUUCUGCUCAUUAAACUGCAAGGGAGUGAAGGAGGGCGAGAUGCGAGUGCUGUAUAGUCUUUAUGGUAUAGUGGAACACUGUGGCACCAUGCGGUCUGGACAUUAUACAGCCUACGUCAAAUCACGACCCUCUACGCGCAAUUAUGUAGAAAAUGGACUGGAUGCUGGUUCAGGUCAUGCUGAGGCCAGUAAAGGAUCAUGGUUUCACAUCAGCGACAGCAGCGUCCAUCCGGUUCCAGAGGUCAAAGUGCAGAGUUCCCAAGCCUACCUCCUGUUCUACGAGAAGAUCUCAUAACUCGCAUGAGGAAUAAUCUUCAAAACAAAGGGCUGCUGGUGCUUUAUUCCGACUCGGUUGCUGCUGCUGGGAAAUCCUGUUAAAACACACUGCGAAUGAAUUGAAAACUUGAACCAAAGUCGUUUACAUGAGCUUCAUCUUUAAUUUUUUCUCUGUUAUCAGCUGUUGUUCAGGGGAAAGUUUUAAUUCAUCCAAACAAGAUGCAGAACUUACUUGGGAUCAUUUUUUAAAAUUGAGUUGUUAAUUUUCAGUGGUGAUUCAAAAGCGAUGAAAUAUUUGUUCUUACCUCUAGAUCAGGAUGGAACGGUUUGAUAAGGCUUUGGUGUGGUUGUUUGCCUCAUACAGCGUUUCUCAAAGUGUAUUUAAGUAUCUGCUGCCAAGACAGAUAGCCAUCUUGCAUGAAUCUCAUGAAGAAAAUUCCUAUUCCACCCCAACAUUAAAGGUAUAUAUAAUUCAUUCUCAUUGUUAUAAAGAAGUCUUAUUUUUAUUUAUGUUUAGUAAAUGAUCAUGGACACAUUUUUAAAUGGUAUCGGUGU